AUGGAAACUACUCCUCCAACUACUCAGCCAUCAUCAUCUGAUGUUCCAUCUGUCGGUUCUUCUGCACUUAAUAUCCACGUACCAAGCGGUGAUAUUGGCUGGAAAUUCAACCAUUUGAAAGACUUGAAUAAUAAGAGGAAGGUUACUUGUAACUUUUGUAAAGAAACGUCGACCGGAGGUAUUUCUAGGGCAAAACAACAUCAAUUAGGAAUAAAGGGAAAUGUGAAAGCUUGCACUCAAACUCCGGAAGACGUUAAGUUGAUUUUGCAAGAGCAUGAAGAUAAAAAAUUGGCUGCAAAGAAAUCAAUGUCAGGUGACGUCCACGAAGAUGAUGAUGAGGCAUCGCACUUGCUAGAGAUAUCUAGGAUUCGAGCGGGAAAAAGGCCAGCUGAAGAGGGAAGUAUGUCGGCUGCCAAGAAGAAUGUAAAAGGCCCCUUGGAUGUGAUUUACUAUCGAAAACCCGAGGAAACUUUGAAAAAAGGAAAGCAAACAAGCUUGAAUGAUGCAUGUGAUAAGAAAGCAAGAUCGAGUUGUUGCAAAUACAUAGCGCGUUUCUUUUAUCGGAAUGGAAUUGCUUUCAAUGUUGCAAAUUCUAAAAGUUUCAAAUUGAUGGUUGAAGCAAUUGGUAUGUAUGGUGCACAUUUGAAGCCUUCAAGCUACUAUGAGUUGAGAGUUCCUAUGCUUCAAGAAGAGUUGAAAUUGACACAUGAGAUGUUGAGUAGUAAUAAGAAAGAACAAGAAAAAUAUGGUUGCUCUAUAAUGUCUGAUGGUUGGACUGAUACAAAGGGAAGAAUAUUGAUCAACUUUUUGGUGAAUUCUCCGGCAGGUACAAUGUUUGUUAAAAGUGUUGAUGCAUCUGCUAACAUGAAAACUGGAAAAAAGUCGUUUGAACUUUUGGAUAGCUUUGUAGAAGAGAUUGGUGAAAGUAAUGUUGUGCAACUUGUUACCGAUAAUGGAAGCAACUAUGUCUUGGCUGGUAAGCAUCUUCAAAUAUCGAGGCCAAAGAUAUUUUGGACUCCAUGUGCUGCUCAUUGUCUAGACUUGAUGCUAGAAGAUAUCGGAAAAAUUGCAAGAGUCAAGAAGGUUAUACAAAAAGGAAUGACUCUCGUGGGCUUUAUUUACAACCAUUCUUUGGUUUUAAACUUAAUGAGGGAGAAACUAGAAAGUGAAUUGGUUAGAACUGGAGUCACAAGGUUUGCCACAAACUUUCUUACUUUGCACAGAUUGCACUCUUUAAAGUCAAAAAUUAGGCCCAUGUUCACUCCUGAAGAAUGGUUGAACUUGAAUGCAAGUAAGGAGGUGAAAGGAAAGAAGGCGGCUGCUAUUGUUCUUCAAGUCUCAUUUUGGGAGGAUAUUGUGUUUGCUCUUAAAGCUAUGGGGCCUCUUGUAAAAGUACUUAGGCUUGUUGACAAUGAGAAGAAGCCGGCAAUGGGAAGCAUCUAUCAUGCAAUGUUGGAAGCCAAGGAGUUAAUUAAAAAAACUUCAACAAUGAGGCCAAGUCCAAAGAAGUCAUUGAUAUUGUUGAUAGAAGAUGGAGUAUUCAACUUCAUCAUCCAUUACAUGCAGCUGGGUAUUAUCUUAAUCCGAAGUACUUUUAUAGCAAUCCAAUGA